GUGGGGCAACAAUUUAAUUAGGCUAAGUGCAUCGACAAUGUCCAGACUCGGUGGCAGAAGUUGCUCAGUCGAGUGUCAACAUGCCGCAGGUGCAGUCGGAGAGUUCGUCGGAAAGUGCGGUUCAGCCUUUGCUGCAGCAAUUUCAGCUGCUGUUUUACAUAUCCAAAAUUGCUGGUAUACUGCCGCAGGAUCUGGAGAAGUUUCGCACCAAGAAUGUGCUGGAGAAGUCUCGCAAUGGCAUGGUCUACAUGCUGGCCAUGCUGAUUGUGUAUGUGCUGCUUUACAAUGUUCUCAUUUACUCGUUCGGGGAGGAGGAUCGCACACUCAAGGCCUCGCAGAGCACCUUGACCUUUGUUAUUGGUCUAUUUCUCACCUACAUUGGCCUCAUUAUGAUGGGCACGGACCAGUUGACAGCCUUGCGUAAUCAGGGCAGGAUUGGGGAGCUCUACGAGCGCAUACGGCAGGUGGAUGAGCGUUUGUACAGGGAAAAGUGUGUGGUGGACAACAGUCGUAUUGGGGGACGCAUUCGUUUUAUGCUCAUCAUGACGUUCCUCUUUGAGCUCUCCAUUUUGUUGGCCACGUACAUCAAGCUCGUGGAUUACACCCAAUGGAUGUCUGUGCUGUGGAUUGUCUCGGCCAUUCCCACGUUCAUCAAUACGCUGGACAAGAUCUGGUUUGCUGUAUCGCUCUACGCGCUGAAGGAACGCUUUGAGGCCAUCAAUCAGACGCUGGAGGAGCUGGUGGCCACCCACGAGAAGUUCAAGCGGUGGCUGUGCGGCGAUCAGGAGACCAGCAGCCGUGCGCUGGACAGCUCACAGCCACCGGAGUACGACAGCAAUUUGGAGUAUCUCUACAAGGAGCUGGGCAGCUUGGACAUGGGCUCGCUGAAGGGCUCCGGCAGGAACAAAGUGGCGCCUGUUUCCCAUUCGAUGAACUCUUUUGGUGAAUCCAUUGAGGCCUCGGACAAGGCCACACAUCAAGCUCCUCCGAUAUCCGUGAAUAUGGCACACGAGAGCGAGCUGAGCAACGCCUCAAAAGUGGAGGAGAAGCUGAACAAUCUGUGUCAGGUGCACGAUGAGAUCUGUGAGAUUGGCAAGGCCAUGAAUGAGUUGUGGAGCUAUCCGAUACUCUCGCUGAUGGCUUAUGGUUUCCUCAUAUUCACAGCACAGCUUUAUUUUCUCUACUGCGCCACACAAUUCCAGUCGAUACCGUCGCUCUUCCGCUCGGCCAAGAAUCCCUUCAUCACGGUCAUUGCGUUGAGUUAUACGUCCGGCAAGUGUGUGUAUCUCAUCUAUCUGAGUUGGAAGACCUCUCUCGCCUCGAAACGCACUGGCAUCAGUCUGCACAAGUGCGGCGUAGUUGCGGAUGAUAAUUUGCUCUUUGAGAUUGUCAAUCAUUUGUCGCUGAAGCUGCUCAAUCACUCGGUGGACUUCUCCGCCUGCGGCUUCUUCACUCUGGACAUGGAAACGUUGUACGGCGUCAGUGGUGGCAUCACCAGCUAUCUCAUCAUACUGAUUCAAUUCAAUUUGGCUGCCCAGCAGGCCAAGGAGGCCAUUCAGACAUUCAAUUCGUUGAACGAUACCGCCAGCUUGGUGGGCGCUGCCACCGAAGUGGACAAUGUUAGCUCCACUCUGUAUGAUCUGGUGACCACCACCAUGCUAACGCCAACGGGUUGAACGUGUUGCUGAGUUGUAUUUGGUCUUUUUGCACCUUCCUUCCCGCACUUUUGUUCGCUUUCAGCACCUAAUAAAU